UAGGGGCCGGGCCGCCUUUAGAAGUUCACGUGAUUUAGACCUUGACAAAGUGGCACUUUCCAUAGUGUAGUGGCUGUGCUAGCUGCCAUGAAGGUCGUUACCACCUUUCACCCGGCGUCAUCUGUCGUAGAUUCGCUCAAAUUUAGGUUGAAAGAUGAGCAACCCUCAGAGUUUCUUGUCGUUGCAAAGCCAAAUAGGCUUGAUAUCUAUGCGCUACUUCCAGAAGGGCUCCGUCAUCAACAGGGUCUUGAUAUCUGGGGAAGAGUCAGGGUUAUCAGAGCUGUGCCAGUCUUGAAUAACUGAGCUCAACCUUCUGGACAUCACUUUUGUGUCAACAUCUCGGGAUAUGUAUACCUUGGCAAUGAUGCAUAUCGACUACCAACAACGCCUCCAGCUUCUUACUCG